CGAUUUUUUUAAUCCAGCGCCGCUCCAGCCGGCCAUAUUGGGCUAUGGAAAUAAGGCAGCUCUAAUGUUAUAUGUCACCUGGAAAUAACCCCGGGCGUUCGAAAAAAGCAAACCACCACCACCACACUCCACACCAACACCAAGUCCUCGCCACACACAAAAGUCCUUGAAAAUGCGCCCGGAGGCUCGGCUCCCGCAGCCCACCCUGUGCCUCACUGGCCUCAGCUUGCUCCUCUCGCUGGUGCCCGCGGGGCUGGGCAUGGAGGUCAUGGCGCCCGCCACCAUCAACGCCUUGAACGGCACCUCCGUGAAGCUCUCCUGCACCUUCAACUCCUGCUACAAGGUGGAGAACAAGCAGUUCUCCCUGAACUGGACCUACCAGGAGUGCAAGAACUGCUCCGAGGAGCUGUUCCUGCAGUUCCGGAUGAAGAUCAUGAACAAGCAGCUGGACCGCUUCGGGAACCGCGUGGAGUUCACCGGGAACCCCACCAAGUACGACGUGUCCUUCACCCUCAACAACGUGCAGCUGGAGGACGAGGGCACCUACAACUGCUACGUCCUGAACCCCCCGGACCGGCAGCGGGGCCGCGCCAGCAUCAGCCUCAAGGUGCUCACUGAAGAGCCCCCCAAGCGCGACUCGACGGUGGCCGUCAUCGUGGGCGCCUCCGUGGGCGGCUUCCUGGCCGUGGUGAUCCUGGUGCUGAUGGUGGUGAAGUGCGUGCGCCGGAAAAAGCAGCAGAGGCUGAACACCGACGACCAGAAGACGGAGGAGGAGGGCAAGACGGACGGCGAAGGCAACCCGGACGAGGGCACCAAGUAACCCGCCGGGCUGCCCUUCCCUCUCCUCCCCCGUACAGCCUGUCCCCCUCGAUGUGCUUCCCAGAGCAAGGACCGCCGUCUCCCCAGAGCAUCCCUCCCUCCAGCUAAGUGACCCCCCAGCCCGGAGCGGGGCGCGGGAGCCGGGCCGUGGCAGCGGGCGGCGUGGGGCAGGGGGCGGCGGCGUCCGGCCGGAGCAGCGGUGCCCCGCGGCGGGGUGUCCCGCUAGCGAGAGCGAGCAGGGCUCUGCGGCUCCGCGCUGCUCCGCGCUGCCCCGGCGCUCCCGCUGCGCCCCGGCGCGGACGCUGGCGUCCCGGGCCCCGGGGUCCCGCUGGCUGCCCCUCCGCCCCCUGUGCCGGGGUGCCGCACCGGCAGCCGGCGCUCCCGGGGCCGUCCCAGCCUGCUCGGCAGCCGCUGGCGGUGGUGACCGCUAGCCCCCGCGUUGCUCCCGAGCUCGGCUGCUUUUUGGAGCCGCUGAUGGCUCCCGGCGUGUAAUGGAUGUGCCCUUCCGCGGCUCGGGCUAUAUUUGGGCCUCAGCAUCUCAGCCAAAGGUGCUGGGUCGACUUUUUGUGCUUGUUUUCUCAGCGGGGUGGGUAGUCCUAGCGGCAAGCGUUUUGCUGAUGCGCCAAGGCUCGCUGGAGGGGAGGAAGGGCUGCCGCGAGGAAGAGGAGCUCGGGGGUGCCUGCUGGCAAGGCUCCCUGCAUCCCCGGGCGACCCUCGUGAUGCCAAAACUGCCUCUCCCGACCUCCCUUCGGAGCACAGCCCGCCCGGUUCGUAACUGCCACGGCAUCGCACUGCCAGCCAGCCCCGGCGGGGGCCGUGGUGCCGGCCGCCCCGGCCCCGCGCUCCCCGGUCUCGCUCCCGCCCCGGCCGCCGUGGGAGCUGCCCCGCAGCAGCGGGGCGCGAGCUGUGGCCCCAGGAAAGCCCCUGGCUCUGCCCCAUCGCUCCCCGGUGGGGCCCUGCAUGCGCCCCCGCCCCGCUCGGCCUCGCCGCCCUGCCGCCGCCGGCGGGGGGGAGCGCGCUGCCUGCCCCACGGCCCCCCCGGGGGCUGCCGGCUGCCCCUCGCCCCCCCGCCACACGCACGCACGCACGCACACAUGUGUCCGGUCGCCCCCCAGCAGCGCCCGUGGAGGUCCGGCUGCACGGCCGGGUUUCCCCGACCGUCUCCGGCCGCAGCCGGGUCGCGGGCGGCUCUGCGUGGGGCCGAGCGUGACGGUUUUGUGGCCAAAGGUCUCCGGCUGCUGCAGCCGCGACCAGUCCUGCAUCUGCCUUUCGUUUCUGUCACGCGCCGUCCUGGGAUCGCGAUUGCCAGUGCAGCUCCAUGUACACAGCUGUGCACAGCAGCGAGGGUCUCCACCUAUGUCCCUAUAUAUUAUAUACGUACGGCGAGGAGGCGCUGCUGUCGGGCCCGGCUACGGUUUGGGUUGGCGCCUUCUGGUGAGUUUUGUUUGCCAAACACCGCUCGUCUUGUUUGCACCAAAGCCCGAGUGUAGGAUGUUUUUAUUGCUCUUUGUACAGUCGAAAACAAACAAAGCAAAGAACAACAAAACA